AUGCACCUCCAUGGGCGGCUCGGCUGCGAGCACGCGUACCCCGACGAGCUAAAGGACCUCACGCCGCUCGAGGAGAAGCUCAUCUCGCUCAACUCGUGCUACGGCUUCGUGACGAAGUAUAGCAUCCCCGGCGGCCAGAGGCAGAGCGUGAGGUACCCGAGGCACGUCAAGGGCCAUAUCACGGUGUUCCCGAACGACGUGCAGGGCCUGGCUGCCAAGGUGCUCCCGCACCCGCUGGUCCGGGUCAUGGACGAGAUCCACGUCUCGUGGCAGGGCGCUGAGAGGCCCGGGCCGCGGGACCUAUCAGGCCUGCUGUCGGUAAGGCGGUCGGCGGUCGAGAGGGCGCUGGCCUGGCUCAAGGAGAACAACCCGCUCUACGGCGAGGUCGAGAUCGACGCGGCGGAGAUAGCCAGCUGGGGGGCGCCGCCGCACGGGGUGCCGCCGGUGGUGUGCGAGCGGCUGGAGCGAAACGAGCCGUCGGCGCGGGAGAGGACGCAGACGGCGCAGGUGGUGCCGCCGUCGGAGCGGGCCAUGGACGACGGAGGCGCGGCCGAGAUCGAGGAAAUCCUCGCGAUGCUAAGGCAGGGCCAGGACCCCGCCGAGGGGAGCCGCGACGUCGGGCUCACGUGCGAGGACGACGACAGGGACGGCGCUAGGCCCGAAGAGGACGGGGACGUAAUCAAUGAGGUAACGUCUUCCGGCAUGUUCCCGUUAGAUGGGGCGCCAGAUGUGGCCGACGCCGAGAAGAUUCGCUUCGCCCGCGACGCGGUCGGGCCCGAGGGAGCGCGCGCCAGCCCGAGGACGUGGGUAGGGACGGCGGCCAGAGGGGCGGCGGGCGACGGCGGCGACGGCGAGCCGUACAUACAGGUGCGACGCGGCGAGGAUUUCGCCGACUCGGCGGACGCCUCCUUCUUUGCAAAGGCCUUUCCGACCCUGUUCCCUUUGGGCGCCCAGGCGGAGCGGGUUGCAGAGGGCCUUAUGUCGACGCGGAACAUGAAGCUCCAGGCAUGGGCCGACGUCGUGCUGCGGCGUCACGGCGGCCGGUUCGCGACGCACCCUAUCUUCGCCUUCCUUGUCUUUAACAUGGGCGUGCGGUCUAAGAACCGCCAGGCCAGCAUGCUAGGCGUAGCGAGGAAGAACUUCGCAAGGGUCGAGGGCCUACUAAAGUCGUUAACGGCGCAGAGGCUCGAGGCGGCCAGGCCGAGCUCGAGGCCACAGUAUGCGGAAGAAGAUACUAUCCUCAUCGUUAGGUACGGGGUGCCGGCUAUCUGGUUCACGCUGAACCCGAACGACAUUACGAACCUAGUAAAGUUACGGCUAGCGGCGCACCGCGGCCGCGACCCCGACGAGGCCGAGGCCUUCCUAAGUGACCUAGGGACCGCGUAUAAGCGGACGCGGCUGGCCAUAUCGGACCCGAUGAGCUCGGCCGUCUUCUUCCACCGGGAGAUGACGCUCUUCUUCGAGCACUACGUCAACGUCGGGGAGGAGUCGGUGUUCGGCCACGUCGGCGCAUACUACGGGGCGGUAGAGACCAACGAGCGAGGCGCCCUCCACAUCCACGGGCUCCUCUGGCUAAGGGGCAACGCGGGCAUUGGCGACGCGCUCGCCGGCCCGGACGCGGAGGAGCAGGCGGCGUACCGGGAGCGCAUCGUCCGCUACGUAGAUAGCGUCUUCUCUGAGGAGCUAGACGCAGAAGGUUACUGUGCCAUGCAGGCGGAGCGGUCGGCCACGGCGCACAUGUCGUCGCGGCUCGACGACGUCGCGCGCUUCACGGACACCUUCGACGAGGAGGCCAACUUCUGCGCGGGCGCGACGCAGAUCCAUACGCAUAGCGCGACCUGCGUAAAAUACUCGCUCGGCGUGGGGGCGCGGAAGGGGGACCUCUGCCGGUUUAAGGCGCCGUGGAGGUUGGUGGAGAGGACGGCGCUGACGGCGGACGGGGUGCUCGAGAUCCGGCGGACGCAUAGCAUGGUGAACCGGUGGAACAGGGCGAUGGCAGUGGGGCUACGACACAACCACGACAUCUCGUUCAUCGCGACGCAGCGCAAGACCAUGGCCCUAAUCUACUAUAUUACUAACUAUGCGACGAAGGGGAAUAAGACGAGAACGUUCCUGCUUAAGGCGGCGAAUCGAGUCUUUACGGAGCGGCCGCUGUCGCAGGUCGAGGUGAUCGCGCACCUCCUAGGGUACCCGGCGGAGUUUAGCAGCGGCUCAGCGUGGGCGUAUAUAAACGCAAACCAGCUCUACUGGGCCGUCUUCCGCCGGUGGCGGCACCUCCGACGGGCGAGCGGCGCCGAGGCGACGGGCGACGCGCCGGACGAGACGGCGCUUAGGCGGCCGGGUUGCGGGGCGACUGUAUGCGUCGACGGAUACCUCAGCAAGGAGUUCAGCGAGGAAGACGACGAGUCGUGCCACCGGAGGGCGGCGGUGCAGCACCUGGCCCUAUUCGUGCCGUGGGAGUCCUUCCUCGGCGAGGAGGCAGGCGACAUUAACAACAUCUGGGCACGGGCGCGACUCCUCCGGCGGUCGGCGGAGGACGCGAAGCGCGACGCCAAGCAGUGGGCCGCCACGGCCGAGGAGGGCGGUAUGACGGCGCCGCAGGCCGACGACGAAGGCAGGGGCGGCCGAAGGGGGCGAGGAGGCAUACCGCGCCGGCGGGGCGGGCGACGCGGCUCGGCUCAUCGACGUCGUCCGAACGCCGCCAGCGCGGGACAAGUCACGGCGCAGUCAACAGAGCUGCUAGCGAUGACGCAGCAGCUCUGCCGGUUCCAGCAGUCGGCGCUCGGGUCGGCGGCCGAGCUCGCGGCGACGGUGGUGGCGGACGAGAGGGCAGUCGCAGCAGAGGAGCGCGGCGCGGGGCGGGAGCGGGCGAUCCAGGGCAUCCAGGGCGGCGGGGCGGCGGCGGGCGUCGGGGCCGACCGCGGCGCGGCCCUUCGCGGGGUGAUGGGGGGCUUCGGCGAGGACGACAUCGACGUAACGGCGGCCGACGGCGACGCAGACGCAGGCACGGCGGCGGGGAUGCGCGUGCGGCUCGGCCCGUCGAGCUCGUUCGUCGCCGCCGGCAGGGAGCUGGCGGGCCAGCUCACGCUCAACGAGAAGCAGGCCAUCGCCCUCCUAAUCGUGUGCCGGCAACUCGACCGAAUCCGGCAGGGCGACGACGCAGGCGGCGACGGUGGUGGCCAGCUCUGCCUAUUCAUCGGCGGCGAGGGCGGCACCGGCAAGUCGCGCGUCAUCGAGGCGCUCGUCGAGCUGCUCGCCCGGAGGGACCUAUCGAGCCGGGUACUGGUUACGGCGACGUCGGGGACGGCGGCAGCGCGGAUCAACGGCAUCACGCUGCACUCGGCCUGCGGCCUUACAGUCGGCCAGGGCGGCCGGGCGGGAGGGGCGACGAGGGACAUUGACGGCGUACGGCUGGCGGGCCAGGGCGAGCGCUUCGUCGACGGCCGGUCGCGGAUGGACUGGCAGGAGAAGGAGGUGCUGGUGAUCGACGAGGUCAGCAUGCUCGGGGCGCGGACGCUGCACGCCGCCAACGAGCAGCUCUGCCGGCUGCGGGGGUUCCGGCCGGUGCAGGAACGGUCGAUCCUGCUGCCGAGCGCGGCGGUGGCGUGGGACGAGGACGGGGCGUUCGCGGCCGAGCAGCGGCGGCAGCACGACAAGGCGCACGCGCUGUGGCGGCGCUUCACGACGGUCGUCAUGCUAGACGAGCAGAUGCGGGCCGCCGGCGACCCGGAGCUGCGGCGGCUGCUCGGGCGGAUCCGCCGGGGCGAGCAGGACCGGUCGGACCUAGAGCUGCUCAACUCGAGAUGCUACCGGCCGGGCAGGCGGAUCCCGUGGGAGACGGGCCUGACGGUGGUGACGCCGCUCAACCGGAACCGCUGGAACCUCAACCUAGAGGCGGCGCUCGCGUUCCGGGAGAGGCGGCGGACGGCGGCGCGCGUCUUCCUCUCCGAGCAUAAGUGGAGGGACGGCGUGCCGACGGAAGAGGAGGCGGUGCUAAUGCUAGGCCAGGGCGACGACAGCGCGACCCCGGUGCCGGCCGUCUUCCUCUUCGUGCCAGGCAUGCCGGUCGUCGUGAACCAGAACACGCACCAGGGGCUGAAGCUUGUGAACGGGGCCGGGUACACGGCGGUGGACGUCAUCCCCGACCGCGCCUUCCCCGGCCACCGCGUCUCGGCGGAGCUCAUCAUGCACUUCGGGCCGCCGGCGGGCAUCGUGCUGGCCUCGGAGACGACCAAGGACUUCCACUUCGUCGGGAUGCCUGCCGGGACGAUCCUGCUAACGCCCAUCAGCGUCAAGAUCACAGCGCAGCGGAAGCGGCCAUGGCAGCGCAACGACGUCAGCCGGAGGGGCCUGCCGUGCGCCGCGGCCUUCGCCUGCACCGACUAUAAGGUGCAGGGCGGGACGCCAGAGCGCGUGGCGCUGGAGCUGCGGGGGCGAGGAUGA